AUGGAGGCAGUCCCCCCUUCCAAAGACGAAGCGAGCCAGGAGAGCCGGCAUGUCGAGGCCCUCCCUACAGACUUCAAGUCCCGCAGGUACCUAGGUGGCCUGCGUGGACAGCCCUUGGUCAGAGCCAUCACACUCGCAGGCGCCAUCGGAUUCCUACUUUUCGGCUACGAUCAGGGCGUCCUCAGCGGUAUAAACACCGCUCAGGACUUCCUCGAUACCUUCGACAGACCGAGCUCGAGCGUCCUCGGCACAAUCAACGCGAUAUACGAAAUUGGCUGCUUUGCCGGUGCAAUCAACGUCUUCUUCGUCGGAGAGAUACUGGGCCGCAAGAGGUGCAUGUACGUUGGCGCGGCGCUGAUGCUGGCAGGCGCAGCGCUGCAGGCAGCGUCAUUUGGCACACCGCAGAUGAUCGUUGGCCGCGUUGUGUGUGGCUGGGGCAAUGGAUUUAAUACAGCAAUCACGCCCCUCUGGGUAUCGGAGCUGAGUCCUGCAAAGUCUCGCGGCCGCCUGGUCUCCGUCGAGGGUAAUUUAAUAGCCGGCGGUGUCGUUGUUGCUUACUUCUUCAACAUAGGCAUGUCCUAUCUCAGUCCCUAUAACCCCGUGCAGUGGCGGCUGCCGAUUGCAUUUCAGGCGCUCUUUAUCGUGCUCCAGGUAUUUCUUGUAUUCUUCCUCCCCGAGUCGCCGCGGUGGCUCGCGAAACGAGGUCGCCACGAGGAAGCUCUCGAUAUUCUCACUCAACUAUCCAGUAAAACAUUAUGCGAUGGACUUGGCGAAGCUCGGAAGCUGAAGGCAGAUAUUGACCGAUCUCUUGCCUUUGAGGAAAGUGGUGGCUCCUCCAAGUUUCGCGAGGUCUUCACCAGCGGUCCCUUGAAGAUUGGCCGGAGAUAUCUGCUUGCCUGUGGCCUACAAUCCAUGCAGCAACUUUCAGGCAUCAAUGUGUUAGUGUAUUAUUUCCCACACAUUCUGACGACGGAUGUUGGAUUCGAGGAGAAGCCGUCGCUAUAUAUCUCUGCUGGCCUUGCCCUGACGUACUGGGUGUUUUCUCUCAUUCCAGUCUUCUGCCUCGACCAGAUGACCAGACGCCAGCCUUUGAUAUGGGGCUCGGUGAUCUGCAGCAUCAGCUUUCUCCUAGUAUGGGUUCUACAAAAAGACAUUACAACAGUCAAAGCCAAAGCGUCCAUGACGUGGUUCUUUGUCUUCGAAGCUGCCUUCGGUGUUGGCUGGGUCCCCAUCCCCUGGCUUUAUUCACCCGAGAUAAUGCCCCUGCGACACCGAUCCCACUGCGCGGCAUUGUCGACGGCGAGCAACUGGAUAUUCAACUACAUGAUCGUCCAGAUAACGCCAGUUGCGAUCUCCAACAUCCGGUGGAAGACAUAUAUGAUUUUCUUCGUAUUGAACCUGGUAUUCGCGGCUACGAUCUUUCUCUUCUACCCCGAGACUAGUGGGCGCUCACUCGAAGACAUUGAUGACAUCUUCAUGGGCGAGAACGAUAAGCUCUUUGUUGUCGAUACGACGGGCCGACUUCGUCCUGGGUUUCGAAGUCAGUAUAAGCGAGGGCUCCCGGUGGAUAGCGAGGGGCACGUUGAUAACUAA